CGCCGAGCCACCCGCCGUAUGUACCGCCGGCGUAUCAGCAUCCUCAUCACCACUUGCCGCCCCAGAUCUUCAUGCACAAGAGCGCGAUGCAGAUGCACGCGAGGGAGCUGAGCGCGGGUGCACUGACGGGGAGGCCCGGCGGCGGCGUCGCCGGCGGCCUGGCCGGUCUGGGUGUCGGUGUCGGCGUCGGCGUUGGACCGGGCGGCAUGAUCGCCGGCAACGAAGUUAAGCCGCACCAGUGCCAGCAGUGCCUCAAAUCGUUCUCCAGCAAUCACCAGCUCGUGCAGCACAUCAGGGUCCACACCGGCGAGAAGCCGUACAAGUGCAGCUACUGCGACCGCAGGUUCAAGCAACUCAGCCACGUGCAGCAGCACACACGACUGCAUACGGGUGAACGACCGUACAAGUGCCAUUUACCGGACUGCGGGCGGGCCUUCAUCCAACUGUCGAAUUUGCAGCAACACCUGAGGAAUCACGACGCUCAGGUGGAGCGGGCGAAGAACCGGCCGUUCCACUGCAACAUCUGCGGCAAGGGUUUCGCCACGGAGUCCAGUCUCCGUACCCACACGUCGAAGGAGUUGCAACAGCGUGUUGUGUUCCAGCAACACGCCGCCCUGAUCGGCGGCCCGAACGCAACCAGCUGUCCAGUAUGCCACAAGCUCUUCCUCGGCGGCGAGGCGUUGAUGGAGCACAUGAAGCACACCCACAAGGACCCGAACGCCUCCGGAGUUGCCACGAAGCGACGGACCGCCAACCACCCGUGCCCAGUGUGCGGGAAGCACUACGUCAACGAGGGUAGCCUUAGGAAGCAUCUGGCCUGCCACCCUGAGACCAGUCAGCUUAGCACGAGCCUCAGGAUGUGGCCGUGCUCGGUGUGCCAAGCCGUCUUCACUCACGAGAGCGGUCUCCUGAGCCACAUGGAACACAUGAGGAUGGACCCGAAGCAUCAGUUCGCGGCGCAGUACGUGCUGAGUCGCGCGGCCGCCGAGAGGCGGGAAAGGGAGAUUCUCGCGAGUUCGAGUUUAGGAGCGGGUUUGGGCGUGUUGGGAGGAAGUCAGUCUGGAGGCCCGCAAAAUUUGCAACAACCACCGAUGUGCCCGUCGCCGUCGGCCCAUUCGGAUAGCAGUAGCGGCAACGGAAGACUGUCGUCGGCCGGUAGUGAACCUGAUUUUUGCGCAGGCACCGGUCUACUCAACAACAACAACAAUAAUAACAACAACAAUAUGGCGUCGCCGGGGCCGAGCGGCAACAAGCUCAGCGAGAUACUGCGAACGGGAAGUCAACCGGGCUCGGCGCAGCAAUAUCACGAUGAGAUGCAGUCGCAGCAACAACGCAUGGCUGUCAUGGCCGCCGUGUCAGCGGGAUUACAAAAUUCCGUAUCGCCUAAUCUCUCGCCGGUCGACAUGGCAUCGCUGGCGGCGGCUAUGAGAAUGGGCAAUAACGGUGACAUGAGCGGUGGUACUCAAGGCUCGACGGGACCCCAACAGCAGGGAGUGCAAGCGAGCGGACCGGAGCAGGCUCUGAGGAUGCAUCAGGCGGAAGCUCUGCUUCGUUCCCAAGCCGAGGCUGCCCUGAGACUCGCGGUUUCUCAAGCGGCGGCAGCUGCGGCAAGUUCCGCGGUGGGCAGCGAUGUGAGGCAUCAUUUGGGACAGCAUAACGGAGGUAGCACCUCCGGCAUGCCGGGACACCAUACGAAUCAACAAAUGUCCCAACAGGAUACCUUAACGCCGGAUCUCGGAGAAGCGCUACGGCUGCAGGAGCAGCGAUUAGAGCAGGCCCUCAGGCUUCACGGUGGCGACCCGCGCGCCCUGAGUUUCACUCUGGCUCAGCACGUCGUCAACCAGCAGAGCAAUCAGCAACCAUGAAAAUUCAGUUACUACUGAGACGAGUGGACCCCUUGGGCGUCGGAUCAGACGACCCUGCAGCAGAACGAGCGCAUGAACCAGCAGCAGUCGCAAUCGUCGACGGAGCGUUCGACGCCGUUGCACGAUCAGCAGCAACAACAGCAGGGCCCGUCUUCCAUCGGUCAUCAGCAGCAGCAACAGCAGCCUGAAGACCGUGGCGUCAAGAGGAAAGCCGACGAGAUGAUCGGUAACUCCGAAAGCGCGUAAGAGCGAUUACGCUCGUUGCGGCGGACAUGACGGAAACGCGUCAUCGUCGCCGCUAACGUAAUUCGCCCCUGCGCCCAAGUGCGGUCGCCAGAAUUUCACUCACUGUCUCAGCAGUAAGAAAACGUCAAACAAACGGAAGGACUUUGUGAGAAAGAAUGUGUACUUCGGUGUCUUCCUAUAUUCGGAUAGAGCCGAUAUGGGGCCGGACCUCAGCCGGAAAUUGAUCGGGGGCAUCACCCUCGGUUGACGAACUCUCCGGAUGGGACCGUGCUUAGACGAAGGGAGAAGAGUGAGAAUACGUACGUGUAUAGCAAAACCGUUGCACGGCGCGAGGCGGUCAAGAUCGCAGUGGCGACGGUCGUCUCUCGCGAUUCCCCGCGUCGUUGUUCCUACAUCGGUCCUGGAUCCACGGAUCUGUCCAACGGACUCCGCGACGGCGUUUUCACGCCGUCCUCGUGCCCCCCCGUUAAGAUUCUCAGGACACGUCGCCACUGCCAUACCGCCGCCUCGACUUCCGAUACGUGCCAUAAUAACUAACGAGAAGCUGCUUAACAAACAAAAAAAAACAACAGUAAGUCAUCUCGGGCGUUCCGUUUCGGGAUGAUCCGGGGUGCGCCCCGAGGUACUAUGAUCUUUUAGUACAAGAGCCGAUCAAGCGGUACGCGGCGGUGCCGAGGGUCCAACGGGCGAUCCUCGACCGUCCCGUGCUAGCCAGGCUCAACAAACCUAAACUAUAUAUAAAUAUUAUACAUAGAUACGUCUAUCUCCACCGAACCGCGCUUAAAAGGUUCCACCCCCCAAACCCCCUAAAAUCGUAAAAAGGUCCCGUAAUGCUUAAAGAGCGAAUCGCACACCAAUAACACCCACGUACGCAGGCUCAUCAUGACGUGUGCGUCGCGCGGUCGUGACGAACGUUUCACCACCAACGAGUGGUGUCGUGUCGUCGCGUUGUACGGUUGUUAAUUAUAUACGUACCGAAAUCCCCUUCCCCGUGUGUGCGUGUGUGCGUGAGACAGACGAAGGCGACGCAAUCCGCACGGACGUUCUCUCGGUUGCGAUCAACGUUUCGCGCGACGACGACAAAGCGACGUUGACAUUUCGCGCACGAGAAACGAACGUUGUCGGACGUAACGCGUCGCAACAGAUACGUCCGCGCACACACGAGAGCACAUACACGUAAAUACAUUACACAUACAUUACACAUAUGUACACAUGUACAAUACAUAUAUUACAAAACUCAUCAGCAGCACACUUUUAAGGUGAAGAUAUAAAUGCGCGCAACUUGUGCUCGUCGGUAGCACGAAAACUAUUAGUUCAUAAGCGAACAAACAAAAUAUAGUUAUUACAAACAGUUAUAUUAUAUAUAUUAUAUAUACAUACAGAGUAUGAAGAGUAUGACAGAGACAAAAAAAAACGGGCGAAACCCAUUCACACUUACACGUUUAACUGAAGGUGCGGUAAGCGUGAAAGAGCGAGCAUUUUUCGUGAGCAAAGCACGCGACGGAGAAGAGAGAAAUAAAAAACUAAAUGCUAAAUAUUAUAUAUAUUAUAUAUAUAAAUAUUAUAAAUAAUGAAUAUAGGGUCUAUGAGACUAGGAUAGUUAGGCGAAAGGGAAAUACGAGUGAAUGCGGAGCGCGCGCCCCCGUAAGUUUUACGCGGUCCCAAGCAUUGUCGAUGCGAGAAUGCGACAGCACAGGCCGAGAACGGGGUGGAGGUGGGCAUGUGCGAGAGCCUGAGAGGGAGAGAACGUGCGUAUACGUGAUUUUGCGAAUGAACGACCUUGGGAUCGGCGUAGCCGCGCGGGCGCGCCGUCGAGCGAUUGGGCUGAUCGAGUAAACGUGAGUGCUUCGUGAGCAUCAAGGAGGAGCGAAUGCGAAGACGAGAGUGAGAUUUUAGAAUGGCGUGCUUCAGGUAAUCUGAGGUCCUGUGAUCGUUAUAAGCGAAAUAUUUUUUUAUUUCCGGGUAAUAUAAUCUGAAACGCGUAAAACUCUUGCGUCGUUUUGAACUUUUACUUGCAAUAUACCGUUACGUUCUCGCAAUACUUAGGAUGAAGAAGAAUAAGACGAAGACGAAUAGGAAAUAAAGAAGGUGGAUGAACAAAAAAAAACAAACAAAAGAACAAAAAGAUGAUACGAAGAUGAGGAUGACGAGGGAGAGGAAGAAUAUGGAAAGAUAAGUCCGUAGGUUUGAUCGUGGAGCGAACUUUUAGAGACUCGACCCAGACCCUUACCUCGCCGAAAUACCCUUUUUCACGACGUCCCACCAAUUCGAAUCUCCAAAGCCGACCAAAUGUCCCGUCGUCCCGUUCAUCUCUCCGAAUCUUUGGCUAAGCUUAUCGGGAUCGGUCCACACUGACGAUGGAGUUAUCUUCCGACGCGACCAGACGCGACGAAGGCGCGACCGUAAAACACAUCGGAGAGAAUCACGUUUAACGUUUCAUUGGGAAUAAUUUUCUCCGGGGCACGAAAAUGCGAAUCCCCAAGAGGGUGUAAAAACCGACGGUGAUUUCGAGAGGCGGGCGAGAAGAAAUAAUGAGGAAAAAGCCAUUUCACCUACCACGCGAUUUGAUUCCUUCGUUUCUUCGACCGGCAAUCGCGGACCAAUAUAUGAGUGCGGAAUUGAAUGGGUAGCGUGCAGAAUUGGUUCACAUCUUUCGAUAUCGACGUCGACCGCGUUACUGCUGUUGUUUCCUUUCGGAGACACUUGACGGGCUUAUUUUUGAAAAUCACCCCCGGGCCCCUACGAUCCUCGCUUUCCAUCCGAAAGUUCUCCCUUCGCCUCGACUCCAGAAUGUCCGAAACUUUCCGAGUGCCGUCAAAUAAAAUUUCGCCUACGAAUGUAAUUGACAAAAGCUUUUCUCUCGCUACGUUUGGAAAUCAUGUUUUCCGGGAAACGAACUGUGGAGAAGAAAUUCUAGCAGAAAAAUUUUCAUCAUGUACUUCUUCCCAUCAUUCACGUCCAUUUGUUCGCCAAUUGCGAAAAUAACCUAACGUCGUCAUCUUCGUUGAACGUAAAAGACACGCGCCGAGAAGCCGCCGGAUAGCCAGGCUUUUUGACCAUCUGGGACGAGAGAUGAAAAGAUCACUAAAGGAUUCAUCGUCAAAGCUACAUUUAACAGUCGCACUCGUCUCGCGAUCGGAACUCGACGGAUACAUCUGGCACGUUCCUUUCGAAAAAUUUUGCAAAAAUUCCCCCCACGAAGACACUCCCAUUGGGAACGAUUUCUCGCGAAACGGAAAAUUCGGGAAACCCACGGUCUUGGAAUUUAUUUUCACCUUUGCGGGAAGGGAAAAGGAAACAGGCGGGUCACCUCGAGUUCCGGCGAUCGCAACCGCGGGUCGAUUCAUUGAUCGUUAUUAUUAAAGUUUUUGCGUUACAGGGCGUUUUUUCCUCGGAUUAAGUAGUAUGUAAAUACACCUUGAUAUCACAAGCAUUAACUGAGAAUUUACUGGUAAACUUAAACGAACGUACAUAAUGCGAAAUAGGGUUAGUUUCUAUGUAAAUACCUAAAGCUGGACGAGUGCAUACACCUCGUUCACGCAACCAACAAUAAUCGUUUCUUAUCGAACCAGAGCUUCUGUUCGUUGUCGGCGCGUGCCCGAGAUGAUCGGCGAUCGCUUCCGCCACCCUGCCCUGCCCUCGCCCCGCCGCCCCGAGGGGUGGAUUCUACAUCUUCGAGGAGGGGGUCGCGUGCGGGAACGUUCGCUGUCUCUCGGGUAUCGCCGAUCGGGAAAUUCUUUUUUCUUUUCUCGACACUGAUACACUUACACACAGACACACUUACACUACACGGCAUUGCGAUGGAUUGUACAGCUACGAUAGGAAAACACCUAAUAUCUAAAACACAAUCGUCGCACAUUUCGACGCCCACCUAACACCGUAGGGAUCGAUCUUUCGGAAAAUUUCCAUCGACAAAAAAGAAAAAUGGAAAAAUUAUUUGUUCGGACGACAAAGAUCGCGGACAAUGAAACGUACGAUAGGUAGCGUAGCAAAAGUUUGUAGCGCUUCUGUGCGAAAGUUGCGAGCGUGCUGCAUAAAACCGAGAAUGAAAGAGAGACUCGAGAAAAUCUGGGGGAGAGCGUGCAUGGAAAUUCGAUAGGGUUUGGAAAUCCGUUUAGCGAAGGAAUGCCAGUCAAUAUCGGCGAGUUUGAGAAUGGACGUUGGAACGAAUGGACAGAAUUUAGUUAGGCUGUUAGCACGUGUCGCGCGGCCGAAGCGCGGAGAGCAAAUUCUCGUCGGAGUUCGCGAGUCAUUGACUAGAGCGAUAUUCCGAAGCGAAUCGUAAUUUCAUUUCACGGUCCUUAAUCGAGCGUCGAGAGAUAUCGAGAACGGUGCACGAAACGGGUAGUAGGAGCGCGAAAAAAGAGCGAAGUAAGAAACGGAAGGAUGGAAAGGUCAGCAUUACUAGUUACCACCAUCUCACUAUCACCAUCACAAAGAAAUUUUAAUGAAACAACGACAUACAAAAAAAACACUACCAUCACCACUAACGUCGGGAUCCUUCGUGACGAUCGCGGUCGCGAAGCGAUCGACCGACGACUGUUUUCGACCGGUGCAUCCUGCCGCGCGCCGAGGGUUGUUGCCUUUUCGCGCGGUAAAAGCGUAGGACACGACGAUCGGCGGGGGCGGCUCCCGAGCUACCCCCGCGACCGCAAUUAAGUCACACUUACCCGCGCGAGAAGGAUGAAUUCCCGAGGCGCCGGCCCGUGCCCCGCGAACGUGUACCAUAAUUUUAAAUUUAAACGAAAGAUAAUGCAAAAAAAGAAACACACACACAAGCGCGUUAAACAAUAGAUCUAGUAGUGUAUGUUCUGUAAUCAACUGACAAGUAAGCGAGGAUAAAGAUAACGAAAAAGUAAUAAUAAAAAAAAUGCGGGUCACACCGCGAAAAAAAGCACAAAAAAAUAAUUUACAAAUAUAUUGAUUUACAUAUGCCCGUAACUCGUAAGGGGGCCGGUGGCGCAAACGCGCCCGCGUGAGAUUUUCGGGCCCUACGACGACGAAGGAGGAAGAGGAAACGGCGGGACGUACACGGCGUCCGCGAGCCGCGACGCAGGACGAGCUCGCGGUCAUAAAGCGGAAGCGGAUAACGCGCGAAGGACCGUGGAAAAUCUAGAGGGACGGUUGGGUCGUCCGUAUUCGUCGCGAGAGAGGCGGCGAGCCGCGUAAAGACGAGACGAGGUAGAGGAGGAAAAGCGGCUGAGCAGCGACGAGAUACAAGAGGAGAGGCUCACGAGCGCCUAACGACGGGAGAAUCCGGCAAGGAAAGCCCCGAGGCGUCACGGACGACCCGAAGAUACAAGCGCCCGACCGUAGCCCACUCGUGGAAACACGACCAGUAAGGUAGUCGAAAAGUGGCCCAUAAUGAUAAUAAAUAAAUGAAUAUAUAUACGAAAAGGUAUAUAUAUGACGAAGAGAAAAUCCACGGCGUGACGUCGCCUGCAAAAUCGGCCCUACCCAUAAUCUUAAUCUCUUUCAUGUAAAUUUGCUAAAUGUUUAAAUAAUCUAAAAAGUGCCAUAGCCCGGAUGCGCUGGUGCAUACUCCCAGCGCAUACACACUUACAAAUACGACUCGACCUUCACGAAUCAAAGGAAAAAUCCGCGGACACGCGCGCGCGAAGGCGCGCGCGGCCGCGGUAGAAUUGGUAUUCUCGCCAAGGAACAAGUACAACGUAACAACAGUGACAGAAACCAACGCAAACAGAUCACCCCAGACGACCGCGUGUCCCGCGGUCCCAACGAGACACACAAGUUUAAAGCAAAGUUGCCCUGGUCCACGAGCGUGCAACCCCGCGCGCUCAAACAGCUCUCAAUACACGAGCGCGCGUGCCAUGCGUGCGUGCGUGCGCGCGCGCGCUCACAUGCAUGAUACACAAGUGCAAGUACACAAUUUUACACUUGUUAUACACUUGAAGCACACUUCUCCACACUUAACUACACACGCUACGGAUAUGUAAAGCCAAUUGUUUUUGUAAAUUUCCUAAAAAAAAUCAACUUUUUGAAAAGACACGAUUCGGCCCUGUGAUGAACAUUAUAUUUUCGCGCGCGUCAUGCAGGAAACGCCGAUCCGCCUAGGAAAAGUCCCCGGCUUCUCUCUCUCUCUCUCCGAAGAGACGGAGGAAAGUUGGGCCUGCUUUCCAGACGGAGACGCGUCUCCUCGGACGCCGUUGGAAAACGUUGAUCAAUUUUUCACGGUAAUUUGAGAGGAAAGAGCAAAAUUCAUGGACGAUUGUAACAGCACACGCGUUUGUGCGAGUAGUGCUACGUAAUAUGUGUAAACGCAGCAAAAUUUCGCGGCCUUUUGGCAUACGUUUGGAUGCAGUACCGAUGAUGAACGGCGCGUGCACACCCGCGAGAUUCACGCGCGAGUGCGCACGCCCAAAACACGUCCCGGACUUGACACAAAGAGUAUCCCGGAUGUAACGUGUCUUUGUCGGGCUAAGUUCCGACGAUGGACAGGUGGCGAGGUGCCAGAGAAUUUCGCCAAUGAGAGUGGAUGAGAAGUGAAAGAGAGUGAGAAAAAGAUUUCGAGAGUGACGGACAAAGCGGCGAAUGAAGUUCGAGACGAAGUUCUUAGCCCUUUGAUCGAGGUAGAGAGAAAGCGAGUGAGCGAGCGAGCGAGCGAGCGAGCGAGAGAGAGAGAAAGAGAGAAAGAAAAGAAACUAGAAAGGCACCUGGGAUGCCACCGAGAGACCCCUGUUCCACGAGACGCAAUCACCAAAGGUGUAAUGAACCACAUAAGGAACACACAACCAAGAGGAAUAUGGCAGCGGCAAUUGCAUAAGGGCCGUUGUUCGAGUGCGGCUUUACAAGCAAAAACCGUUGAUUUGUUUUCGAUCGGGUUUUAAUUUUUUAAUGAAAUAAUCUCACGACGCGCGAACACAUAUCACGUACGACCGUGCGCUCGCGCUCGCGCGCGCGCCCAGCGCGAGGAUGUUGCGGGCGCAGCUGAGAUUGCGCGGCAAUAUUUGCUGGGAGCCAACGGCACGACGUACGACGUAUGUGCAUAUGAUUCGCGGCAGUGUGUAUCGUAAGUGCGCAGCAUAUGAUAAAACCGACAGUCUAGCAGUGCGAGCGCCUCGGCGGCAUUCGCGUCUUCACGCGGUGACCCUGACCGAGCCUCCGUGAUUAAAAACCGGAAUAAGUUGUUUAAAUGUCCACUAUAUAAAUGAAAGAGCCAUAGUUGUUAAGGCGGUGGGUUCCGUCGUUCGGCCGAGUCGAUUCGACCUCACAUCGCACACGCGUUCGUCCUGGCCCCAGAGAGAGAACUUCGAGAGAGAUGACGGCGGCGAGUCAACGGGAGAAACGUGCGAGAGACAGAUACGACCGCGACAACACAUUUGGCAGACCGGCAAAAUUCCGAGGUUCCUGGCAGAUCGAAACAAUUCAGGUGGGCCGAGACAAAUCCGAUUUGGGAAUUUGGCAUCUAAAUGUGACCGUUCGGCUGUCGAAAUUCGAUUAACUCUAGUCCAUAUUCUCGCCAGUUUUAACAUCAAACGCGACUCCCCGAUUCUUAUUCCCGUCCCUCGAGGGAGGUGGCGUUUCACGCCAAUAGGAAUAAGAGUUGGAUGCCACGUUUAGCUGUUGGAUGCGAAAAUGCGGACCUUUAUCUCGGUUACCAAGCGGAUGGGAAAGAAAAAGUAGGAUACCAUCGGGAACGGAGAGAGCAUCCAGAGACUCUAAACCUUAUGAUCGAUCGAAGUCGUGAAGAAGUAGCGACUGCCAUGAUCCCAAACAAUCCACACAAUUAAUAACGGUCGACGGCGACGAGCGUGCGGACCCAUCGCGCUGUCUCGUCACGGAUAGAUCAUGCGAACGCCGAACAUACCGGUCGCGCUCGAUCGGCUCGAUCGUAUCGCGUGGUCUCCCCGUGGCGAGGCGAUACUCUUUUCAAAAUAUUCUUCAUACUUCCGUUCAGGAGAAUGCGUUUCUUUCAACCUGAACCAGAGCAACCCCCCGCAUGCGUGUCCGAGGUGAGAGGCCGAGUCCGUUUAUUUGGCAUUAAAUUGAAAAAAAAACGAAGGGAACGAAAACGAUAACCGCGCGAAAGACGGGUGAAAUUGCGAAUUUAUCAGAGGCUGAAUCGGCGUAGGAAAAAUAAAACAGACGGGACACGAGAACGUGUGAGAUGAACCAAUACAUUGUCCGCUGAGUGGGUGCCUUCGUCAGGGUUUUCCGUUACAGUAAACAGACAGUUCAAGUAUAACUCACAAUUAGUAGUGCUAUAGUAGGACAGUAAUCACAGUGUACCGCAGUUAAACAGUUAAAUAAGUAAGUAUACGGGAAGCACGUGGUCUUUUUCAGUGUCUGCAGAAUCUCGUCGUGCACCAUCUACCGUUAAUCAGGUAGUGGAACGACCGGAAGUAUACCGGAUUAAUUUCGUGUGCAACUUCCUACCGGAACCUCCCCCGUCCCGAUCCACCGUUUGGCUAAGCGUUUAUAUCCCUCUAACCCAACUUUCGGACCUCGGACGACCGGCGCGAAAAGAUUCGAUCGUGUUAUCGAGAGAAAACGUAUCCUAGCGGCAAAAUUAAAAGAGAGAAAAGAAAAGCAAAGCAUCUCCCAACCUUACCAACCGGUCGCUCGCAACCUCUCCUUUCACGAUUCAAUCGACAUUUAACAGAUAAAUAUGAUAAUAAGUGUACUAAGUGUCUGUAGUUUAGCCAACGUGUACGUUGUAUACUCUGAGAUAGGCGCGAGAAAGCGAGCCGAUGAGGAUGAUAGGACGCGAAGUGGAAGAGAUAGCGGGAGAAAGGAGGAGAGAGAUAGACGAUUGCACGGUGGAGCCAUAUUUAACUAACUGAUAACGAUUAAUUAAUUACAGUAAUCAUUCAAGAUGACUUAAUUAACAGUUAACCGUACCGCAUACACACAUGAAUAAUUAUUAAUUACACGUACUCCAGUAUAUAAGUAAGGGCCGAGCGGUAGCGCCGCGCAUACCGCGCGCACCGCCUCUAUCAAAUAAAGAAAUCGCGAAGGCACUCACUACGGAGAUCAACGAGCAGGGACUUUGGGACUCGGACGCGGAUCGGAGGGUACCUGAACACGCGGGCCGGGAUUCUCCAGAUCGAAAUUAUCCGACGAGUAUUCGACGCGAAAAAA